AUUAAGAAAGAUGUCGUUGUAGUUGGCGGUGGCUCCAGUGGCAUUUAUACUGGAAUUUCGCUAAUGGAUGAGGGAAAAGAUGUGGUAAUUGUUGAAAAGUCAAGCGCCAUUGGAAGUCACGCCAACACAUAUUUCGAUCCAAUCUUCAAAACACCUCGCAAUGUAGGAGUUCAGUCUUUGCCCAAUAUCUCGGUUGUUAACGACUAUCUGACAAGAGUAAACGUCACCGCUGGUCCGUUUCUCUCAUACACUGCCCCGACAAAUCUGAACGUGGAUUACAUGACCGGCCUGGAGGUGAAGAAUUACACAGCGCCAGCCGGCGCUGAAUCGAGUUGGAAGACCUUCCGUUCCAUCAUCGAGGAGAAAUACUCGUACCUGGAAGAAGGAUUCUUCCUGCCGGACCCAGUCCCUGACGAACUAUUAUUGCCAUUUUCGGAAUUUUGUGGCAAGUAUGGAUUGGACGCUAUCCUUCCAUUCCUAUCUCUUGUCAUCGCGCCCGUCGACUUUGAGAAAGAAUCCACAUUGUACGUCAUCAAAAACUAUGGUAUCCAGUCUAUCAAUGCUUCUCUUGAACCUGGCGGUAUCGUUGCGCCCAAAAAUGUCGACGAGAUCUACAUCAACGCAGCAAAAAUACUAGGAAAUAGGGUAUUGCUCAACUCAACCGUUCAAAGUGUAAAACGGAGCGAGAGUAGCGUCACUGUCAUCGUAAAGACGCCUAGAGGGAGAAUCUGUUAUGAGGCAGACAAGAUCGUCAUGGCCGCGCCUCCGUUGAUCCAGAACUUUGCUGGAUGGGAUCUGUCUUCGAACGAGGUCCAGCUCUUUCGUAAAUUUCAGAGCAAGAACACUCACAUUGCCAUUACCCGCAAUCCAGAAUGGAACAACGCCUCCAUUACCGGCGUCGGACCCAGCUCCUCGCUUGGCAUCGCUAGGCUUCCUGGAACAAUUAAUACCUCUCCUACUGGCUUCAGCGACUCAUCGUACUUCUCCUACGUCUGCUUUAUAGGCGAAGCUUCUAUUCAGUAUGCGCAGACCCUGUUCAAGUCGCAGGUUCAAAAGUUGAUCGCAAAUGGAGUACUGCCAGCGAGCAAGAACGAAAUCGUUGAAUGGUUCAAUCACGAUCAAUACAUGAACUUUGUUUCUAACGAGGAUAUAAAAUCGGGUUUCUAUACAAAGCUGAAUGAUCUACAAGGCACUUCUAGCACAUACUACGUGGGUGCUAUUUGGGCAGGACAGGAUUCUGCUUAUAUCUGGGGAGCUUGCAAGAGACUACUACCCAAGAUCUUG